GCCAUUUUAUAAAACGAAUAUCGGAGAAGUGUAAAUUUUCACGCGAAUAUUCGAUUGAACAAGCCAUGCCGAGAAGAAGGCAUGACUCAUCUUCAGAUGAUUCUGAUAGUAGCGAUGAUGACCAUCGUAGAAGAAAGCCUGAAAGAACUGGCAGAAAAAGGCAUGACUCUCAGUCAGACUCCAGUGCUAGUGACGAUGUCCCUGCAAAGUCUGUUGUGUCGAAGGUGGAACGAGGUAGAGAAAGAGAGGAUGAGAACACAGGCAUUAGAUAUAUAGAUCAGCGGGAUAAAGGUGGAGAUAGGAAUGGAAGAAAUCGAGGCGCAAGUACAGGGAGGCGAGACAGGCAGGGAGAUGAUAGACAGAGGAGAAAUUCCCCGCCUCCUCCAAGAGAUCCGCCUCCUCCAAGAGAUGAAGGUGGUCUUGUCGUUCGAGAUGAGAGGACAUAUCCUGUAAGAGGUAGAAAUAGCAGGCAGGGUCGGCAGAAUGCUCUGUCUCCAAGAAAACGAGGCAAUGGGAAUUCCAACAGGCAGGGGUACAGGAGUGAUAAUCAGGACAGAUCGAGUGAUGAUAGAGGAGGGAAUAGGGAUAGGGAUGGGAGGGGCCAGAGACAGUUAGGAUCAAGGUCGCCUGAAAGGGCAGCCAAAAGAAGUGACCUUGACAGAUCUGAAGGUCGAAGGCGAAGAGCUUCAAUGUCCCCUAAACGGAGUGAAUCAUAUCAGGAUAGGGAUCUUAGUAGGUCUAGAAACUCGGGUGACGACAGGCGGGGUGAUUUAGUUGACAGAAGCGGAAGUAGGAAAAAGCGAGAUGCUGACCUUUCAAGGUCAAGAUCACCAGAGUCCACUGGUAAGAGGUCACAUACUCGAAGUGAAAAGCGUGGCUCACACUCAAAUUCUCCUGAGAAUAAUGUCUCAAGAAAAUCUCGAUCGAAGCAUUCAAAAGAGUCAGAUCGACGAAGUCAGUUGUCAUUGGAAAAGGAACUUCGUGAUGAAGACCCGAUGGCUAAUGAAGUAAGACCUCCAUCGAAGAAGAAGGGUAAAAAGAAGAGUAAAAAGACUGAGGAAGAGGAUUUGGAGAGUAGUUUUGAAAGAAGUAAGAAAUUUCUUUGUGAACAUUCCAGUGAGUUUGAUAUUCCUGAGCCAGAGACGAUGGACAUUCUUAGUCCAACAACAGAGUUGCCAAAGAAAUCAAAGAAAGAUAAACGACAGCAUGAGACAUCAGAAUCAGAGGAUGAAACCCCCAAGAAAAAGUCAAAAGAGGGUAAAAAGAAGGGGAAGAAGAAAUCAAAGAAGGAAGUUCGGGAUUCCUCCGCGUCUCCCAGCCCUGAGCGAGUCAGUUCUAAGAAAUCAAAGAAGUCAAAGCAAAAGUCAUAUUCCAGAUCUCCUAGUCCACUUGACAGAUCUGGUAGAUCAGAUCCCAACAGAUCUCGUUCCUCUGAUGUCUCAGUGGGUCGUAAACACGACCUGGCUCAGUUUGAGAGCGAGCCAGAAAGCGGGGAACUAACAGACAGUGAUGAAGAGGCAAGACAAGGAGAGGGAUGGGAAGCUACUCUAAGGAGCACAGUCAAAAAGCCAGAGGGCCAGAAUCCGCUAGCUGGAAUGGAGGACGAGAAAUAUCUGAUGGCCAAACAAAAGGCAGAAAAGUUGUUGAGAGAAAAGCAGGAUGCUGCAAAGAAAAAUGACGACCGUCCAAGCAAGAGGAAAGCCACACCCACAAAGGACACAACAUCAGAAGCAGCCCAGUCCCCAGCUCCCAAGAAGGCAAAGCCAGCUGAUGGGGGAGCAGAAGCCUUUACAGGGAGAACGGGAGGAGCCUACAUCCCCCCCGCCAGGCUACGUGCAAUGCAGGCUAAAAUUACCGACAAGUCUAGUGUGGAGUUCCAGCGAAUCUCGUGGGAGGCUCUGAAGAAAUCUAUCAACGGUCUGGUGAACAAAGUCAACGUGGGAAAUAUCGAGAAUAUCGUACGGGAGCUGUUCCAGGAAAACAUCGUCAGGGGAAGAGGUCUAAUGGCGCGAUCUAUUAUCCAAGCCCAGGCUGCAUCUGUGACAUUUACACAUGUGUAUGCUGCUCUUGUGGCCAUUGUAAACACCAAGUUUCCCCAGAAUGGAGAGCUUGUGUUGAAACGUCUGAUCGUCCAGUUCCGACGAGGCUACAAGAGGAAUGACAAGAGCAUCUGCCUCUCUGCUACACGCUUUAUAGCUCACCUAGUCAACCAGCAAGUGGCCCAUGAAGUUCUCGCCCUGGAAGUUCUAACGUUGCUACUGGAUACGCCCACAGACGAUUCGGUCGAGGUCGCCGUCGGAUUUCUCAAGGAAUGCGGACAGAAGCUUACCGAAGUCUCACCAAGGGGAAUCAAUGCAAUCUUCGAACGACUGAGAAACGUUUUACACGAGGGCCAAAUAGAUCUCCGCGUACAGUACAUGGUGGAAGUCAUGUUUGCUGUUCGGAAGGACAACUUUAAGGACUUUCCAGCCAUCUUAGACGACCUUGACCUUGUGGAAGAAGAGGACCAGUUUACCCAUCUCCUUACCCUGGAGGACGCCCAGAACCCCGAGGAUAUACUCAAUGUGUUCAAGCCUGAUCCCAACUUUCAGGAGAGUGAAGAAAAGUAUGCCAUCCUCAAGAAAGAGAUCCUUGGAGAGGCAGGUUCAGACGAUGAGGAUGAAGAGGGUUCUGGAAGUGGGGAUUCGGACAGUGAAGCAGGGAGCAGUGAACAGGAAGAUGAGGAGGCCAAGCAGACCAUCAUUGACCAGACAGAGACCAACCUGGUUGCUUUGAAGAGGACCAUCUACCUGACCAUACAGUCGAGUCUGGACUUUGAAGAGUGUGCUCAUAAACUCCUGAAGAUGGAACUCAGGCCAGGACAAGAGGUGGAGCUUUGUUACAUGAUCCUGGAUUGCUGUGCCCAGAUGAGGACCUAUGAGAAGUUCUACGGCCUGCUGGCGGGGCGCUUCUGCAUGAUAGACAAGAAGUAUGUAACGCCAUUCCAAGCCAUGUUCCGGGAACAGUAUGAAACCAUUCAUCGUCUUGAGACGAAUAAGUUGAGAAAUGUGGCCAAGUUUUUUGCUCAUUUGCUUCAUACCGACUCCAUCUCUUGGGCUGUGUUGGAGUGUAUGAAGCUGAAUGAAGAUGACACAACAUCGGCUAGUCGAAUCUUCAUCAAGAUUCUGUUUCAAGAGCUCUCAGAAUACUUGGGACUGCCAAAACUCAACGACAGACUUAAAGAUCCGACCCUGUUGGAGUACUACGCUGGUCUCAUGCCGAGAGACAACCCCCGGGACACGAGAUUUGCCAUCAAUUUCUUCACUACAAUUGGACUGGGUGGACUGACUGAUGACUUGCGUGACCACCUAAAGAACGUCUCUAUGAAGCUAAUGGCACAGAAGCAGGAACAGCAGGCAGCGGCAGCUAUAGCAGUUGACUCCUCAGACAGUUCUGACUCGGAAUCAAAUGAUUCUAGCUCCAGUGGAUCUGAUAGCAGCGACUCUGACAGCUCUUCGGAUUCAGAUUCAUCUGAAGACGACAGAAGAAAAAAGAAAAAGCAGAAAGAAAAUGCAAGGAAGGAUAAGGGGAGAAAAGGCGUAGAAAUGAAAAGGGCCGACAAUAAAGCAGAUAGAAAAAACAGGGACAAAGCAAAUGGUAAACAUGGUAAUGUGAUGAUGGACGGGGGGCGAAAAGGGGGGAAAAGUAAGGGGAAACAGAGGGUUAACUCUGAGGAAGUAAUUCAGAGAGAACGUGAAGACAAGUUUAGGAAACUUGCUAAGCUAGCUAACUAUGGCGAUAUUGAGAGUAUAAGGCCUCAUGCGGAUGAUGGUGCAAAGUUGAAGAAAAGUGGGAAAGAGAAAAGGGAUAAGAAAAAGUUAAGGAAAGAUAAAAACGAUGUUAGAGAUGCGUUUGAUGAUGAUGUUGGUCUUGAUGUCGAUUUUGGGAGGGAGAAGGUUCGUGGUAAAAAAGACAAGAUAAGAGGGGAAAGAAACUUGGACAAUUCAAGAGGAAGUGAGAAGGAAUUAGGUUUUGUGGAAAAGAGGGCCAAGAGGCAAAGUAGUGUAGAUAGCAAGGAUGAUUUUGAUGCACGCAACUAUGCUAAUGAUGUACCGAGAGACGAUAGAAGAAGAAACAGGCCUCCGAAGUACAGGGAUGAGCGGGAUGGUGGCGGUUUAAGCAGUGGGAGGGAAGGAAGGGGAUUUAGCAGCGGGGGAAGCGGGAGAGAGGAUCGUGGUGCUGGCAGGGAGAAACGCCGUGGGAAAAAACAGCGGGAGAUCGACCCAGUGGAAUUGGAACGGGAAGAGGCCAUAAGAGUUGAAAGGACAUUUGAGAGACUGGAUAUGUAUGAGGAUAAGUUUGAAAGAGAGAGACAGAGGAAUCUGGAUAUACUCCGACAUCGGGAUGAAUUUCAGGAUUUUUUCAGUGGGAGAGAAGAGGAUUUGCCUCCAAGUGGUCGUUAUGGCGGUCGGGAGAGAGAUGGACGGGAUUAUCGGGGUGGGAAGGGGGAUAUGGGCGACAGAUAUGAUAGUAGGGCUCCGCCAACUAUUCCUCCCCCUCUGUUGGAUGAUAGGGGAAGGGGCCCCAGAGGAGAAAGGGGCGAAGACAGGGGCCUUGUUGUGAAAGAUGAGCGGAGAAGGAGGAGGUAGAGAAAUAAAAAUGGAGGUGAACAAAAUAUGUUGACAGCAAUUUGUCUAGCUAUGUGUAAAAGAUGGUGAUUCAAGUUAUUGAAAUUGAACGAGAAAUCAAUCUAGUUAUACUUUGUAAAAGAGGUCCGAUAACGGAGUUCAGAAUGUAAAUAAAUUUUAAAACAAUGUUUAUUGAUGGCAUGAAGUGUAGAAUGAUAGUGGUUUGGGAAAAGAUGUUGAUUUUUGAUAUCAGUCUUUUUCACACUUUAAUCACCAAUAUACUUCUGCUGAAUUAUAUAUAGCUGAAUAUAUGAUGUCAAUCUUUAACCUAAUUGAGUCAAGUAAAUUUAUCAGUUGUUUGAAGAAAUUCCUUAUUUGCUUAUUAUAGUUCUGCUUGAUUCAAAAUGUCACAUAUAUAUUCAUGAGCAUGUAAUUAGUUUCAUAUGAUGAACUUUUUUCAAGUAAAUAUUGUAUUGUUUUGAUUUUUUAAAAGUAAACAAUUGUGGAAUAAUUCUAUAGAUAUGACCAAUGCCCUCUGUGAGGUGAUAUAUAAUUUUAGUUGACUUCAUUACUAAGGACAUAAAGAACGUACUUGUACCAAAAAAUGAUAUAUGUUAUGAAGAAUGUUUUGUGUUCUUAAGGUUGUGUACAAGUGACAUUUGUAGAAAGAUAACUGUUAGGCCAAAAAAAGGUUUUGUUAGGGAUACAUCCUUUUUCAAAACAGGUAGGGUUGGUAGGCUUUUUAAAAAAAUAAUUAUGUUUUCAUAUUUUUUUUAUUAUGCUGUAUAUAUAAGAACGUCAUACUCAUCAUUGGAGAAUUGUGUUAAGAUAUUUUCUGUAUAAAUCUUUAAAAGAUUUAAAGUACAUAUUCAAACACACACUUUUAAAAAAAGUUUUUUUACCAACUUGCUAUAAAAACAGUAGGGUUGGCGCCUAUUUCUAUUCCUAUUUCGUAGGUAGGGUCGGGUAACCCUAACCAAAUGUAUUUUUUUAGGCCUUAUGAUUAAUUUUAUAUUAAGAAAGAACAAUGCAUAAUGAAAAGUUAAGAGAUGAUUAUGUAUGAUUUUACAGGACACAUCAAAUGGGGAAAAAUGGUUCUAAUUAAGUGUGCAGUUUUCCCACUAAGACACACCUGGCACGUUUAAUAGGACAUUACAGUAUAUUUAUUUUACAUGUUCAAGGACCAGGGUUGUACCAAGAUGUAUUUAAAAGUGUGAAGUACUUAGUUUUGUUUGUAGAAAUGGUGUGUGACUGUGUGCAGUUAAUGUCCAGUUAUUUGUGUGUGCAUAUUAGUAGAUAAUUCGAAAUGUAUAAGACAUGAACAGUGGAUCUGAUAAAAAUUAUUUGUUGUAAAAGUUAAGUGAUAUAUAUAUAAUUUGGUUCAUUGUUAUCUUGAAAGAUACAGCUUUACUGAGAUGGAAAGUUAAUGUGAAUAAUCUGUGUCAAAAAUUGACUAGUUGACCUAGUUGAUGCCUUGAUGAUGAUGAUGAUGAUGAUGAUGAUGAUGAUGAUGAUGAUGAAAUGUGAAAUCGUAUACAUGUAGUUGAAUGUGGAAACUCAAGUAAGGAAGUGUGUUUCUAAUGAUUUUUGAAUUUAUUCGUUAUAAAUAAAUUUAGUUCAAAUUACCAUGUGAAAGGUAGAAUGUAUUGAUUGAUUGUUUACGAAAAUAUUAUUAAGCCAUGUUAUUAAAAGUAACUUUCUGUGUGUUGGACGAAAAUAGGUGCACUCUCACAGAUUGACAGUUAUGACCUUCUUUUUUUUCUUUUCUUUUUUUAUCUCUGAAUCAGCUGAUUUUGGCAUCAAUGCCUCCACUUAAGUCAUUUAAGAUAACUCAAAAUAGAACAGAUUUCAGUUCUUUUGAAAUGUGCCUAAAAUCUAUUUUUUCCUUACAUUUUCAGUAAUUCUUAUGCCUUUAGCCAUAAAACAUAAAUUUUUAAAUUUAAAUAUGAAAAACACAAUCUGGUAUUUUGUCAGAAAUAUCACUGUUCUCCGGAGUUUUAUGCUAAAAUUGGCUCAUUUCAAGUCAAAAAAUAAAAAAGUUGUUACAACAAUCAAUGUGCCAGGGCCCAGAGUGCAGCUUAGUGAGAUUUUGAUUAAAGCUGACAUUCACAACAUUGACAAUACUGUAACUCACAGAUAGCAGUUUAGCAUGUUUUUUUAUGUCUAAACCAUUUUUUAGCUCCACUGGCCGAAGGCCAUGGAGCUUAUGUCGUCACAGAUUGUCCGUCGUGAGUGCGUGCGUGCGUGCGUAAACUUUUACUUUAAACGACAUCUUCUCUGAAACUGAUAAGCGGAUUUUGACAAAACUUCACAGGAAUGUUCCUUUGGUGGUCCUUUACCAAAAUUGCUCAAAUGGUUCCGGUCCAUUGCACAAUAUGGCCGCCAGAGCUAAAAAUAGCAAAAUCUUUAAACGACAUCUCCUCUGAAACGGUUCGGCAGAUUUUGAUGAAACUUGACAGUAAUGUUCCUUGGGUGGUCCUUUAUUAAAAUUGCUCAAAUGGUUCUGGUCCAUUGCACAAUAUGGCCGCCACAGCUAAAAAUAGCAAAAUCUUUAAACGACAUCUCCUCUGAAACGGAUAGGCAGAUUUUGAUGAAACUUGACAGAAUUGUUCCUUGGGUGGUCCUUAACCAAAAUUGCUCAAAUGGUUCCGGUCCGCUGCACAACAUGGCUGCCAGGGCAAAAAAAUAGAAAAACCUUUAAAGAACAUCUUCUCAGAAACCGAUGAUCAGAUUUUGAUGAAUCUUAACAGAAAUGUUCCUUGGAUGGUCCUUUAUCAAAUUUGCUUCAAUGGUUUCGGUCCACUGCACAAGAUGGCCCCCAGAGGUAAAAAUAGAAAAACCUUUAAACGACUUCUCCUCAGAAACCGAUGAUCGUAUUGCAAUGAAACUUGACAGAAAUGUUACUUGGGUAGUCCUUAACCAAAAUAGCCCAAACAGUUCUGGUCUGCUGCACAACAUGGCAGCCAGAGCUAAAAAUAGGAAAAACCUUUACACCACUUCUCCUCAGAAACCGAUGAUCAGAUUUUGAUGAAACUUGACAGAAAUGUUCCUUGGGUGGUCAUUAACCAAAAUUUGUUAAAUGGUUCCAGUCCACUGCACACCAUGGCUGCCAGAGCUAAAAAAUAAAAAAAAACUUUAUACGACUUGUCGUCGAAACCGAUGACCUUUUUUUCGAUAAAACUUGACAGAAAUGUUUGUUUGGUGCUCCUUUACUCAAAUUGCCCAAAUCAUUUCGGUCCACUGCACAACAUGGCAGCCAGAGCUAUUAAAGUAAAAUUUUUUUUUAAAUAACUUCUCCUCAAAAAUUGAUGAUUGUAUUUCUAUGAAACUUGACGAAAAUGUUCGUUAGGUGGUCUUUGCUUGAACCUUUUGGCCAGUGGAGCACAGGCACUGAUGUGCCUCUUGUUUUGAUAAUUAUUUUACAAUUCAGAAAAGAAAGUUUUGAAAAUAUAUGUUAUAAAGGAAUCUUAUUUUAAGCACAAUUUAUUUUCCUUUACAUUAAGGCAAUAUUUAGCCAUUUUGGCCAUCAGAUUGUGUACAUGAAAUGAAUUUCAGAAAAAAACUGAAUAGCAUUCAUUCAUUUAGAAGAUCAGAUUGUGUUAUCUUGCUCCUUAAGUUUAUUGAUCGAAUGGGAAGUUUUGAUAAGGUUGAAAUAAUAGUUCAGUUUGUAUCGCCUGUCAUUGGCACAUGGCCUUGUUUUAUUUGAAUGCACCCAUUAAACGUUUUUCAAAGUAUGGAAGAUAUUGCACAAUAGCUAAUAUCAUUAAUGUAUACGACAGUUAUCUGUGCUAAAUUUUAAACUUGUGCAUUUAUAAAUGCAAUUUGACUCACUUCCGUAUUUGACAGUGGUGUGACUUUUCAGUGUUAUAAUGUCAUGGUUAAAUCUUUAUUCAUUACAUUCAUGAUUUAACAUGAAUGCCACUCUUUUCAGCUGAUCCUCAUUUUAUGUAUUAAAUGUGAUAAGGACACUCAUAUUUUGUCCUUAUAAAAUUGCAUUUGCAUCCCAGUCAUUACCAAGUAUAAGACGAUCAUUUGUUGUUUAGACAAAUAUUGUUAUAUAUUACAGCAGCACUCUCAAAGAUUGACUGUUUUGAAAACUUUUUAAUGUUUUUGUUUUGCCGUUAUUAAUAUUUACAUCCGAAAUUUGAUGUUUUAUGGCUAAUGCUUCAAGAAAAAAUAGUUUUUCGGCAGUUUCCCAAACAAUCGAGAUAUGUUCUAUUGUGAGUUAUAGUAUAUCAUAUGACUGAAUUGAAGGCAUUAAGGCCAAAAUCAGAUGACUCUGAGAUUGUAAAUCUGUGAGAGUGCAGCUUUAAGAAAGAUUUUUAUAAGCUUGUCUGUUUUUGAAGAACAAGGUAGAGGCAUGGUUAUAGCUUGGCCUCAUUAGCCGCGGAUGCAUCAUUGUGGGUGUGCAUGAACGUUAACCUUGGCCAAGUGGUUAAAAAAGAUAUUCAAAUGAAACUUGGUACACAUGUUGCCAGAGGCAAUACACACAUUGACAUCAAGGCCCAUAAGUGAUUUUAAUAUUUAUUGAGUAUGAAAACCAACAGACGACCAUUGGCAUUCACCCCAUGAUACUUUAUUUUUUAAAGUAAAUUAAAACAUUUUAAAUUUGAGACAUGUUGACAGUAUGAUGAAUCGGAAAGAAAGAAUUUCGUAACAACGCAAUUGAUAACUGCGCUGAUCUGCACUAUAUUCUUAUUUCUUUUUCAAGUGAUAUUCAUGCUUGUCCUUCAGAUAUGUUAUGUACAUAGAAUAAAUCGAGGGGUAUUUCAAGUCUGUUAUAAUUCCUUCUAUGAAAUUAAAAAGUUAGUACAGCCUUGUUUUCACUUUAUUAAAAUGUGCUGUUUGUACAUGUUAACACAAUUGAGCUGAUUUGUACUUGAAUAAUUGUAAAAGUUUGUCUACAGAACGGUUGAAUGUUGAAUGUGUCAAUAUUUGUAAUAAAUGGGAAAACAAUUCACAA